AUGUCAGACCCGAUCGAUGAACUAAACUCGUUUUUUUCCACCACCAAAGCCUUAAAAGCAAAAGGAAAAGAUUUCUUUCAACUUCACAAGCAAAUCACCGAUUACAAAAAGACAAACAAACAACGGUCGGAUAAACUCAAUGACCCAAUCCUUCGAUUCAUUCAAUUUUCAUGCGAAUUAGCUAGUAAUUCUGAAUACGGCGCAAUUUGGCAAGCAUUGAUCGAUGUUACAUCUGAUAUCGCUAAUUCCUAUGGAUCUUUACAUUCAGGAAACGAUACACAUACCUUCGAUGUUUUCUUUAAACCAUUGCUUCAAGAAAUUGAUAGUGAAGAACAUUCAGAUUUAUAUAAAUUCAUUGAACGUCUCCUCGUCAAAAUGAAUUUAGGUUUUAAAAUUGCGACUAGUGAAUACUUUCGAAAGCUUUUCCUCGAUGCAUUUGCUUCUAACGUCAAACGUAAACUAAAAGAAAGCUAUGAUUUAUUUCGUAUUGUUCAUGUACACAUUCCGGAAAUCAUUCCACCGGUAUUGACAAUGCACCAAGCAUUUCUUAAAAAUUCGAACCCUGAUCAACAUGAAAUUGGUGUUCGGUUUUUUGUGGAUGUUCUUACAGGAAAAUAUACAAUCAAAGAAGAAUUAAGUACGGAUGUUCUCGAUGAUUUUCGAAAGAGUUUUCAUGAAAAAGACACUGAAUCUCAACGAAUUGUGGUUGAGAACCUUUCCAGAUACCUUUUACGAAAAGCUAAUAUCACCAAUAUUCUCAUUGAUGAUUUGAGCAAAUGUUUUGAUUCAAAUACGAUUUCUUCUCCACUUCUAUGCGUUCUUGUUGAUCAAAUCAGUUUAGCAAUCAAAGAAUGUUAUCAUGCUGCACCUGAUUCUCUUCUCAAUUUACUUGUCAUUGCAUCAAACCACUCGAAUUCAAAUGUAGCAAUUAUCUGUGUUGACACAAUAGCUUAUCUUUAUCGUCUCUAUUAUGUCAAAGAUCCGUAUCCAUCGCCGACUCGUUCACGUCUUGAUGUUGUUCCAAGAAUUGUUCUUCAUGCAGCGAUCAAACAUCCAGAUCUUAUCGUUCGGAUUGAAUCUCAAACAAGAUUCUUUGAAAACAUCAUUUUCGAACACUAUCGUAUUGACGAGCGAACUCGUCAAUUUUUUAUUUUCGCACAAUCGGAUUUAGGUGAUGAGGGUGUAAAAAACUAUGGUCAAUUACUUCAUAUUCAAUCUGAAUUGCGAUUAUUGUUACAAAAAGCACUUGUAAAGUGUUGUUCAACAAGUGAAAAAAGUCUCACUAGGAUGAGUACAAGUGAUCCUGAAGAGGAAGAAGAUGCAAUUGAUAUUACACCGGAUCUGGAAGAAUUAGAUAGCGAGAAUGACGAUGAUCAUGUCAAACUAUCUCAGAUUUUACAAAAACUGAGCGAAUUGUGUUUUGCACCAAAAGAACAUGGCGUGAAAAAACUACAAGAGUGGAUUAUGAAAUCUGAACCAAAAGCGAGAGAGCAAUUGCAAUCAAUGUCGUCAUUGACAAUCGAUCAAUCGACAUUAGUGGAUACGACGUUUUCCAGAACGGCAGAUACAACAACUAUGGAUGACUCAACAGUAACAAUUAAUGAAGCUGUUCAACUCGUUGAGGAUCGUUUAGCCAGUCGAGUAUCAAUCGUUUUUUCUCAUGAUUUUCUCGAAGAGUUUCCUUCAUCAGCGCAAACUUACUUCAAUGACGAAGCGCAAUUAGAAGAACAGGCGGAUGACGAUGACGAUGAUGAUGACGAUGACAUUCGUUCGUCUUCGUCUUCUUCUUCAGUAACAACAAAUCUUCGAUCACAAAAAAAUGAUCAACGUCAACAUCGAUGUAUCAAACAAAUGGGAAAGUUGACGAAAGUACUUCGACCCUAUUUGGAGAGUUGUAUGGAUGUUGAAAUCUUGGAGAAAUUCAUUGCAGUUAUUGAUGAAAAUCGACCAGUACUCAGUACAUUUGUUUUUGGUAUCCUAGCUGAAUUUGGUGCAUUACUCGGGCCAGGUUCCAUCAAAACUACACUUAUUGAUCGUUUAGUUGAUGUAUUGGUUGACGUAAUUAAUAAAGGUGAUACGACAACAAUGGGUAAAUGGGCAGUGCGUGCACUUGUACCAAUUGUUGGAUCCAAUGAACAACAACUGGAACAUAUCAUUACACACAGCUUAUUCGGCAAAACAAAAACAUCCUGGUGGUCAACAGAUGGUUCGGCAUCAUCGCAUCGAUGGUUAUUGCUUAGUCAUAUCGUAAAAUAUGCACCAUCGACACGAACCAUGUUCAGUAUCCUGCAACAAAUCAUCAAAGUUAUCUUACGUCACUUUCACAACCCAAAAAGCCUCGGUGAACCCAUGAAAUCUUUCGAUGAAAUUUCAGAUGACAUUCAAAUGAGAGCUAAUCAACUGAAAUUUCUCUCACGCUCAGCUAACUGUAUUCGUGUUCAGCGCCAUGGAAAUACUUUUCUGACAGAUAACGAGGACGAUGACAAUGAAGAUACCGAUGAUGAAGAUCGAAUUGACACAAUCAAUUCGUUAUUGAAAUUCCUAUUGAAGUUAAUCAAAGAUGUUCUUAUUUUUCCCAAGGAUGAACUCGGCCGACAUUUUUUACAAUUACAAGCAUCCAUUGAAGUUCUUCGAAUGCUAGAAAUUCCAGAAGUUUUUCACAGUUUUGCGCCGACAAAUUACGUUGAAUUAUCUGCUGCUGCAACGCAUCAAAAUGCUCAUGUUCGUCAUCGCUUUCUUCAACGUAUUUUAAAUCGAGUAGCACAAUGGAAAUUGUCCGUUUUAUUUCUUGGUUUCACAGUUUCUGUGCCCAACGAUGACGAAGAUCUGACAACUGCCAAAAACCUUAAAUCAGUUAUGGAACGAUUAUAUAUCUUAGCUUCGAGAGGAUCAGUUGAAACAAUGCAACGUUUGUUACCUGAGAAGUGUAUCUCAUUGAUGGUGUAUUUACAUGCAAAUAAUCGAAGUCUAGUUGUCGAAAUCGACCGAGAGGUUCUUGAAUCGAUUACAAAUUCAGUGAAAUGGAUUCUACGUUUGAUAUUACAAGCUCGUGAGAAAACGAACAAACGCUUCCAUGGUGCUAUACCUAAACUACUCCAUUCAAUCAAACAUAGUCGUUCGAAAGCUGAUCCACUUGACGACAAACUACAUUACCGUAUUUAUUUGGUUGUUGAUAUAUUUCAAUCAGUAUUUGCGGAUUUAUCGCCGCUCGAAGCGUAUGAUUUUGCCGACUCACGAAAUAAUCUCUCCGGAGAACCACUUCUUUUCACAUCACCAAAUUUUACAAAUUUGAAUACAAAAAGUUAUUUGCCCGACUUUUAUAAAGAAAAGAAGGUGACGAAACGUUCGAAAAAGGACGAAUCAAUGGUUCUAGAUGAUAAUACGGACAACGAAACCGAAUUCAGUGAAAUGGCGAUUACACCGGCAACAACUAUCGCAUCGGAUGAUGAAGAUGAUGAUCACGAGAAGAAGAAGCAGAAGAAGAAGAUGAAACCAAAGAAGAAUUCGCCGAAUAAGAAACGACAACGAUACCGCGCAAGAGAACCACCAUCAAGUUCAAGUGAAACAAUCGAUGAUGACGAUGACGAUGAAGAGCAGGAAGAACAACGAAGACAACAAGAAGAAAAAGAAAAUGAGAAAAGAAGUCGAAAACGAAAAGGUUCAGCUACAGCUCGUUCGACAAAACGUCUUUCCAAAUGA